CGUUGUUAAUUUCUUCUCGUAUUCUCCAACCAUUUUUUUCCUCCUUCUCUUAUCCACCCUUCUCUUUUUUGGCUUUGCCCCAAUUACAGAUCUUCUUCGCCGAGUUGAGGACAAAAUACACACAUGAACAUGAACAUGAACAUGCGUAGCUUGAGCACCAUUUUUGCUGCCCUGCUUAUAGCAAGCUACGUGCUAUCGUUCGCCUCACAGUGUGGAGCUGUCUCAAAAGCGCAAAUGACAAUCCAAGGAGGAAUAUCAUCAGUUGGUGAAGAACAAGAAAAAUCCCCUGAUGAUAAUCUUUCUUUGGAAACUCGUAGUAGUGAGGAAAAUCAAAUGACUACUACUUCUACUAUUUUAUACAGAACCCUGUAUCCAUUCGAGUCCGGCCCUGCACCUGGUGAAGGGCAUUCUUAAGUGAUGUAUCGUUGUUUGAUUAUGUACUCCGCUGUUUAGUGCAUCUACAAAUAAAUAUAAGGGAAUGUCGAUGAAAAUAUUUUGCCACCUCAUCACGUACUGCUUAGCCCGCAUAUAUACUUCGGAUGGGUACGUAAUUUUGUCGAAUCAUUCCCUGGGUUUUUGUGUUUUUUUUUUUGGCAACCAGGGUAAUUGGUAAUAAAAAAUUAUGUCGAAAUAGUCACGAAAAAAAAUACAUGAUUGGUCACAAAAUAAUAUGAGAACCAACCAAUUCAUAUCUCAUUUACCAACUAAAUGAUUAAGUCACAAGAGCCAUUAUUUAAAACCAAAAAAUUUGGUUACAAAACUAUUCUUUAUAACUAAUGUAAUUAUCAUUAAGUAACCGAAAAUAUUGAUUAUGAAACUCUUAUCCUAACCAAUUUUUCAUGGUCACCAUAUAGUCUAAAUAUAAAAGUCAUUUUGGUUGUGCAAAGUAUAUAAUGUAACCAAUUUAUUUAUUAAAAAAUAACCAUUUUUAUUGUCAAAAAAAUUCUUUCCGACCAAUGUUUAUGGUUUUAAAAUGUUCAAAAUGACUACUAAUUGGGACGAAAUGCAACCAAUUUAGCCCAUUUUUAACAAUUGAAUCAUAAUGAUAACAUUAUAUUACCAACCAAAUACCAAUUCACAUGAGUCAAUAGUUUUAAUUCAUAAAUUAAAAAAAAUCAAAACACAAAAAGAUCAUAACUAAAAUCUUCCAAAGAAAGGACAUUCAAAUCUCUUUUGGCUUUAGAGGAUUCCUAACUUAUGCAGUUGACCUGACGGAACGCGUUAGCGUGGUUACUCAAUUUAGAGUAAUCACGAUGACUAUCAACAUCUGAACCAUUGGUUAUUAAAAUUUCAGCUUAUUUUUAAAUAUAUGGUAAAAAUUAGAUUAAGGGUAUUUUGUAAAAAAAAAAUACACUCCUGGUUACAAUCUUUUAAAAUGUAAAUUUCUAUAUAUUAUAGUAAAACCCUACCAUCGCCUCUCUCCGACACCGCCGUUUCCAUCUUUUCCCAGCAAUCCCAUCCACUUCCCUCCCGCCGUCUCUCCUGCCGCAGUUCACCAAAGUUGGUAAGAAACAAAUUGGGGCAAUAAUAAAUGGCCCAAAGGCAAAUUCUGACCAAAUUAAUUGGUUAAUAUAUCAACCUAAAAAACGUCUCUUCCUUUUAUUCAUUACAACAUGAAAUAAUAAGUUGCCAAAAGGAAAAAUAAAGAACAGAAGAAUAUAAAAUUUUGAUAACUAAUAAAUUUUGUUAGGAAAAUAUCUUUUCGUCAUGCCAAUUUAAUUUGGUUUGAAAGAUUCGUUUUUACUAAGCGACCAUUUUAGUAUAUUUAUAUACCAAAAAUGUUAGUUACUUUGAAAAGUAUUAAGGAUUGUAACCAACAAAUUUGGUCAUAAAAAUAUUUCGUUGAUAUAUUACCAAUUAUUUUGGUCAUAAAAAGUUUAAUUUGGU